AUGAGACAGGCCAUCAUGCGCGAACAGGAGCAACGUCGGUUGCAGUAUCUCCAGCAAAUGCAAGAUCAGCAAAGGCAUCCAGGCGCGUACCAACAAGGCGCCGGGUCACAAGGACAACCAGAGGGGUCUCUGGACCAGACUGGCCAAUCGCAGCCCGAGUCCGGCCCUCAAUCUGAUCUCCAGGCGUCCGCCACAGGGAGCAUCACGUCUAUCUCUCCCGAGACAGAGUUGAAGGCCACUAAUAUUAAGACUGCUGACUUACAAGCACCUCCAUCUCGCUUCAAAACUGCCGGCUUGCAAGCCCAACCCGCCUAUUCCCCCGGAGGAUCGGAGCCAUGUGCACCUGGAUCUACGCCAUCAUGGGGUCAUCCGGUAUGGUGGGGUUGGUCUGAUACCACCGGAUGUGGGGAAUAA